CGGCGCCGGCAAGAAACAGCUUUUUCAGAAGGCGGCGCAGCGCAGCGCAGCGCCGCCCUUCCCGCUGCUGCACGGGGCAGCGCCCCCCGUCCCUGGGGGCGGUGGGAGAGGUGGCAGAGCUGCUUGGGGAAGAGGGGUACAUCGGGGCUCUGGGAGCAAGGGUGAUCUGCGACAACAUCCCUGGAUUAGUCAACAAGCAACGGCAACUCUGCCAGAGGUAUCCUGAUAUCAUGCAGUCCGUCGGGGAGGGAGCCAAGGAGUGGAUCCGGGAAUGUCAGCACCAGUUCCGGCACCACCGCUGGAAUUGCAGCACUCUGGAUAGAGACCACACGGUCUUCGGGCGAGUCAUGCUCCGAAGCAGCAGGGAGGCGGCUUUCGUCUACGCCAUCUCCUCGGCCGGGGUGGUGUACGCCAUCACCCGGGCCUGCAGCCAGGGGGAGCUGAAAGCCUGCGGCUGCGACCCCCUCAAGCGCGGCCGCUCCCGGGACGAGCGACUGGGGCGGCUGCAGCGACAACAUCCACUACGGGAUCAAGUUUGCCAAGGCCUUUGUGGACGCCAAGGAGAAGAAGGUGAAGGACGCCCGGGCGCUGAUGAACCUGCACAACAACCGUUGCGGGAGGACGGCUGUCAAGCGAUUCCUGCAGCUGGAGUGCAAAUGCCACGGAGUCAGCGGCUCCUGCACCCUCAGGACGUGCUGGCUGGCCCUGUCUGAUUUUCGGAGAACUGGCGACUACCUUCGGAAGAAAUACAACGGGGCCAUCCAGGUGACAAUGAACCAGGACGGCACCGGCUUCACCGUGGCCAACAAGAACUUCAGGAAACCCACCAAAACAGACCUGGUGUACUUUGAGAACUCUCCUGAUUACUGCGUGAUGGACAAGUCGGCAGGUUCCCUGGGGACAGCGGGUCGUGUGUGCAAUAAGCUGUCGCGUGGGACCGACGGCUGCGAGGUCAUGUGCUGUGGCCGGGGCUAUGACACCACCCGUGUCACGCGAGUCACCAAGUGCGAGUGCAAGUUCCACUGGUGCUGCGCAGUGCGCUGCAAGGAGUGCGAGGACACCGUGGACGUGCACACGUGCAAAGCACCGAAGCGGGCCGAGUGGUUAGACCAGACCUGAGGAGGAAGGAACCCAAGAGGGGACAAAACAAACUUACGCAGGACCUGGGCCCCGUGGGCCUGGCAUUCUGGGAGCUGUAGUUCAGCUGCAUGGCUUUUAUUUAAUUCGUUCUGCAAAGCACUAAAGACAGGACUACAUUUCCCAGGAGAUCCCGUGGACCCUGCCAACUUGCUCCGCAAAGUUAUUCUCUUCCCUAGGAGUUUGCAAUCAUUGCUUACACUGUGAAGCAUCCUCUGCCCGUUGUCGGCUUGCAAAACGUCAGUGCAGUCCUUACGAACUUGAGACUGCUCAGUGGAACGUGAUUGACUGAGUAUCCCUGCACGGGCUCCAGAAAGAAUUUUGUUACUAUACAUUUAAUUUCACUAGCAAAACAAAACACAAAACAAGCCACAAAACAACCAUCACCAAUCUACGGCAAAAUCUGAAACCCUUGCGGAAAGCUCUUUGCUUUGUGUUUUGGCAAGACCCAACACAGGAGGCUACAAAGCCCUAGGCAAGGCUGACGGUCCCCACUGUUUCACUCAAACAGACCCAGCGUGUUAAUGCCUGGCUGCACUAUAGACAUAAGCUGAACAAGAGCAACUUUUGGUCAGUGGACUUUUCUUCCUGCUCCUCAGUGAAGAUGACAGGUGGAGUUGCAAAUUGUCAACCAAAAUCUGAAUAACUGCUAGAGGAAAAAUUAUAGAGAGAGCUCUAUACAGAGAAAGAGAGCAAAGAGACUGUGAAGAGACUGGUAGGUUUUAAAGUAAACUAAUAUAACAGUGGCUCUUUGUGAAAGUCAUGUGUAUGUUGUGUAUACUGCUUUAUUAUUUUAAGAUAAAAUCCAUUAUAAACCUA